AUGCGGGACAGCUGUGCUAAAAGUGACGAAAAAUCGUCAAUGAACAAUCCCCUUCGUAUGGCUGAGAAGUUUCGUGCCAUGAAGGAAAGCAUAGUGGCUGAGAGGACCGAAAUUAAAGCUAUGGAAAUACUUCAGGAACUUUUCUCUUAUCACACAACUAGUGUCGACUGGAAUGUCUUUCCGGAAUUCAAGGGUUUGUUGAUUUGUAUUUUGGACACGGUUGGUAUUGUUUCACUAACAGAGAAGCACCAAAUCUUGAUAUUAAAUGCAGUAAACAAGAGCGAUGCAAAAGUUAUUGGAGUCCUUGCUGAUUAUUACAUACAACAUAUCGAUGAAGUUCAUGAUAUGCUGGCUAAAUCUCAUGUUGCUAUAACAAUUGCAUUUUCGCGGCGGAUCAUUGAUUUCGAUUGUGCAGGAACCGUUGCUAUUCUGCUAAGACGCUUUGCUGGAUCGAAACUAGUGCAAGCAGAAUUGUUGAAUAAUUUAGAUUCGAACCCAGCAGAAAUUCGAUUCCGAAUACAUCAGGUUACAACUUUACUGAUGAAAGAAGGAGACAAUUUACACAAUGUCGAAGGACUGGUCGCAAAACUGGCUGAUGAACUUGGAUCUUCCGAUGUUCUAACGCAAAUAAAUGCCGUAGAAAUGUUUGCCGACGGUGCUUCCAACAAAAAAUCAACAGCUCAUUACUUGUUGUCGACGGGUAUUGUUGAUCAUUUGCAUAGCUUGUUCGUUGCAUGCAUGGAUCAUCCCGACUCUGGUUUCCUUUAUCCUGCCUUAGUCAAAUUCUUUGGACACCUUUUGGUUACAAAUGCGGAGUGUAUGCCUCAGUUUCCAAAGUUUCUGGAUUCACUUUUUGACUUGGUUUACCAUUUUGAUCGACUAGAUGCAUCACUUCGUCUUUUGUCGUUUGAUACCCUUGCCGCUAUUGGAUCAACCGACAGUGCUAAAAAAUUUCUCAACAGUCAUCAUUCUUCUCAGCAUGACAUGCAGAGAGCAAUGACUGCAUUUGGAGUUGCUAUUGCAAGUGGACCUCUUGAUUUACGAGUACGACAUAUGGAUGCUCUGUCGAUGAUGUUUGCCGUAAAAGAUCAAGACACGGACGAAAACAAAACGCAAGGGUCAGCUACUAAGCGUCGUGUAAUCUUUUUAUUUCAAAAAAAGGUUUUUAAUUUGAAGGAUACGGAAGUGGAACAGAUAACACAUAAGUGGUUUAACUGGCUUGGCGAGCCUUUUCCAAUAAUUAUAACUUCUUACAUGUCUAAGCCUUUUUAUGAUACUCGAAUAUCAGCAUUGCGUUUGCUUUCCAUAUUUUUCGAUUAUCCAUGGGCAAUUCGCAUAUUUUCUCGUACUACUGGCUUCAUGAAAUGCUUGUUGAAUCGAAGUAUAGAAACAAAUGCCGAUGGAAAACAAUGUAGAUUCGAUGUGAUUUGUAAGAUUAUCACCGGUGGUAGUACAAUAAUUUCACCGGAAGACAUGCUGAGACUGAAACUAUACCGUCGUGAAGGAGCAUUUUAUGUUGAAAGGCAGCCUGAAGUUGAUAUAGAAAACGAUUAA